CUUUUAAUGAGGUUCACAUGCUGAAUAAGCAUACUAAUACUUAACAGUGUUUCUAGAUAUUUCAUUAAACUUUUCUCUCCCAAAGAGCGACCUUCAGAUAAAAAGUCACAGUGCAAAAGGCAAAGCCCUGUAUUCUCAGGAGGUUCCACGCUACUCUUGCCAGCCUCAGGACAUCCAUACUUUUCAAAUUCCACCAAGUGCACCCUGAGAUUUGUGAGGGAGACUCAGAUCCCUCGUGUCUUUUUUCUUGGCUUCUGCAUGAACUCUGCUGUUUCCCAGUGCCCUGGCUACAGCUCGCAGUGGUGAUGUCUUCUAAGGCUGUCGAGAUCAGAGGUAUCCUAGCUUUUGCCGUGUCUCAUUGCCUCAGCUUGAGUGUGCUGUGUGUCUCGUGGUCUCUCCAGGUCUCUUGUGGUUCCCGUGUCAGAUUGAGAGCUCUGUCCUUGGCCCCAGCUGCUGGCACAGGUUCCGGAGCAUUGUGCUCUCACAGCCCCAUGGAGACUUUUGUGAAACAGUUCUGUUUAGGUUUGACUUGCUUGUUGAUUGCAGUGCCCUUGUACCGGCAUAGCUGUCUGACAUCAUGCUAAGAACCAUAGCUCUGAGGCUCCAUCGUUCUUUGUUCUUGAGCCAGUCUGUGUGGAUUGACUCCUCACCACCCCCACCCCCCAGUUUCUUUUGAUAUAGUGUGUUCUUGUGUCUAGAAAAGCCUUAAAUCUUAGAUGACCGCAGCUCAAGUUCAAGAAAUAAACUCGGUAAAAUCACUAGUCUUUCGGCAACUUGUGUAGUCAGAAGGUCUACAUGAGAGAAGAGUAGGUAUAACAAAGGUUCCCUUUAGAAAAGGUUGGUCUUCUGUGAGCAGAGACGCAAGCAUUAGUCGAGGUUCAAGACGGUUUCUUAAGAAGGAGGUGCUGGUGAAUCUGGGAAAAGUACAAUUGUGAAGCAAAUGAAAAUUAUCCACGAAGCUGGUUAUUCAGAAGAGGAAUGUAAGCAGUACAAAGCAGUGGUCUACAGCAACACCAUCCAGUCAAUUAUCGCUAUCAUCAGGGCCAUGGGGAGAUUGAAGAUCGACUUCGGUGACUCGGCCCGGGCGGAUGAUGCCCGCCAACUCUUUGUGCUUGCUGGUGCUGCAGAGGAAGGUUUUAUGACUGCAGAACUUGCUGGAGUUAUAAAGAGACUGUGGAAAGACAGUGGUGUACAAGCCUGCUUCAACAGAUCCCGAGAGUACCAGCUUAAUGAUUCUGCAGCAUACUAUUUGAAUGAUUUGGACAGAAUUGCACAACCAAAUUAUAUUCCAACUCAACAAGAUGUUCUCAGAACUCGAGUGAAAACCACAGGAAUUGUUGAGACCCAUUUUACUUUCAAAGAUCUUCAUUUUAAAAUGUUUGAUGUGGGAGGACAGAGAUCUGAGCGGAAGAAAUGGAUUCACUGCUUCGAAGGAGUGACCGCCAUCAUCUUCUGUGUGGCUCUGAGUGACUAUGACCUGGUUCUAGCUGAAGAUGAAGAAAUGAACCGAAUGCAUGAAAGCAUGAAGUUAUUCGACAGCAUAUGUAACAACAAAUGGUUUACAGAUACAUCUAUUAUACUUUUUCUGAACAAGAAGGAUCUCUUUGAAGAAAAAAUCAAGAAGAGCCCUCUCACUAUAUGCUAUCCAGAAUAUGCAGGCUCAAACACAUAUGAAGAGGCAGCUGCAUAUAUCCAGUGUCAGUUUGAAGACCUCAAUAAGAGAAAGGACACAAAGGAAAUAUACACCCACUUCACAUGUGCCACGGAUACCAAGAAUGUGCAGUUUGUCUUUGAUGCCGUAACAGAUGUCAUCAUAAAAAAUAAUCUAAAAGAUUGUGGUCUCUUCUGAGUUUUGGCAGUAAAUGGUAAAAUGCAUUCUCAAACCAAAUGAGUACUUACAUGUGGAUCUCUCUAGACUAGAGUCUUGCAGCAACACAGAAUGUAGUAUAUAGCAAGUGCAUCUGGGACCUGACCAAAGCUGUUCUAUUUUGUUUUUUUAACUAAAAGUAAUGGAAGGACCUUUCUUAAACGUGAGAGGUGGUCCUGCAUUGUGAAACUAAGGGCAGUGUUAAAGCUGGGCUCUAGUGUACUGAUGACUUCUACAUAUGUGUAAAUAUGCAAAUGUAUGUAUACAUGUAUUUAUGACUUUAGUUUUCCACGUUACUUUUAGGUAUUUAGUAAGCGGCAACUUAUAAUUUUAGUGUGAUGGCUUUGGAAAUAACAGAAAUAUUAAGUACUUUGUACUGAAUGACAGACUAUAGUCAUGUUUGCCAGUUCUAAACAGCUUUAUUUAUGUUCCUGUCCUGUAAAUUUUUAAGUACGAUGAUUAAUAUUAGGACACAUUGCAGCUCUUGUCUUGAUUAUAUGUAUACUUGUAAUCAUAAAUGUUAUUUGUACAAACAUUGCACAGACUAUUUUAAUAACAUGAUUUGUUCUUUAAAUUUAUUUGUUUUAUUGAACUGUUCUUGAAGAAGAUGACUAUACCUGCCUUUGGAUCAGUUAAACAUUGUAUGCGUUUCAGUUUUUCUUUUAAGGGUGCAUGCUAAUCUGAUUCUACAUUAGAUUUGGUUUAAAAACUGUAAAAUUGCAGGUUUCUGAGGAUAUACAUUUAGACUUAUAAACACUUAAUUUUUAUUCAGUUGGUUUGUUUUCACUUUGAAUUUUAAUAUUUGGAUGGUAUUCAUGCAUUGCCUUAAAGGUGAUGCCAAAUUAAUUUUUAUACACUUCAAAUAACUACAUUUUUAUUUAUAACUAAGUUUAGGUGGGUGAGAGAGCAUUUUGUUGGUAAAAAAUAAGUCAGCAUAAUGAAUUUUGAGACAUUCAUUUGUGUAUUUCCUUUGGGAAAUCCCUUGUACGUACCAUACAUGACAGCUCCUUGUUCGGAAGGUAACAGGAAAGACCUCGGAAGAUUCUGCUGCUGAUAAAAUGCAAGCUUUAAAAUCACAUAUGUAAGUAACUAGUUUCAAAUUUAAUUAUCACACUAUAUUACAAUUACUUUUUUCCCUGAGAUUAUUCAAGUUUCCUCCACUUGCUUGAGUUUGUAUUAUUUCUUUAAACUGUGCUGUUAUCUCUGAGAAUGAAAUGGGCAAUUACACUUAGAAAAAUGAGUAAUCGUAUUUAAUUAAGUCAGCAAUUGUAUGUAUUCUCAAGUAAGUAUUACAUUUUCUCUAGAUAUUAAACUUUUGAUAGUCCCUUUUGUUUUAAUUAUUCACAGUAUCUAUGACCUUGUUUUCAGCGAAGUGAACAGCAUUCCAUACCCUACUUCUCUUUUUUUACUCAUCUUGAAAAAGUUAUUUAGUGUUUCAGUAAGCUUUGUGGGUAAGUAGUUUCUAAAUUUAGUUGUGUGUUAUCAUUUUGUUGAGGUCUGUUUGUUGCAGUGUGUGUGUUUGUGUGUGUGUAUGUAAUCAGAAACUACAUUUACAUCUGUUUCAUUUGGGGGAUUUUUCUUUUUUGUAAUGUAAAGAAAUUCAAAGUUAUCAAAAUUCUUUAAAUAAAUGUGUUAGUUUAGAUUCUUUAUGUGCCUUUCAUGAAAGAUAUGUUUUCAUUAAUUUUAUGGAUGGAAGACGUGUUGUAUUCAUCUUAUGAAGCUAUGUAUGAAAUUCAACUGUCCUGUGAAUCGAUUUGAAUCAUGAGAAAUAACAGUUUAAAAAGCCACAAAAGAAGCACAUAUUGGUGACCACCAUUAAUGAAUUCCUGACUUUAUUCUGUGUAAUUGUGUUACUAAUAAAAUCUAAUAAAUUCGAAUUUUUAAAAUUUUACAAA